UGCUGGGCGCGCGCGGCUGUCUGCGCGCGGCUGGAGCUGGCUGGGGCAGUGUCUCUCCUUUCAGGCACGGCGCUUCCCACGGUAGUUUCGACUUCUCUUUGCAGCAGCGCCGGAACUUUUCCUGCUUUUGACCCGGCUGAGACAGGGAUGGGCCGUUCCAGGGACUCUGGCGGGCAAGCGGCCAGCUGAGCAUCCUUUGGCUCCAGGGCUGCGAUCGGAGCUUCGCCCUGGACUCUCGGAUCGGACUCGGCUGCCCUUUCUAGUCCAACAGGUCUUCGAAGCCGAAGUGGAUUUUGGGGAGCUGCAGGUAUGGUUGGUCUCAGCUUCGAAGGGUCAUUUGCAGCCACUCCUCAGGACCUUGAGUAACCGUGUUCAACUGGAACCACAUAAAGAACUCUCCAAGGAUGAGAGUCUGCGCUAAGUGGGUGCUGCUGUCACACUGGCUGGUUCUGGCCUACGUGUUGAUGGCCUGCUGUAGGCUGAUGUCCGCCUCCAGCCAGCACCUCCGGGGACAAGCAGGCCACCACCUGAUCAAGCAAGGCACCUGCGAGGUGGUCGCCGUGCACCGAUGCUGCAAUAAGAACCGCAUAGAGGAGCGCUCUCAGACGGUCAAGUGUUCCUGCUUCCCAGGCCAGGUGGCCGGCACAACACGGGCACAGCCUUCCUGCGUCGAAGCUUCCAUUGUGACUGAGAAGUGGUGGUGCCACAUGGAUCCUUGCUUGGAAGGAGAGGACUGUAAAGUGCUUCCAGACUCCUCGGGUUGGUCCUGUAGCAGUGGUAAUAAGGUCAAAACCACUAAGGUGACGCGGUAGCAGACAAAGAAGUGUUUUGACCCUGGGGGGGCAUCAGGACACAGAGCUGUGCUGUGUGGAUUACCAGUCUAGUGAGAACUCACCUCGGAACUCACUCAGAAAUUCAUAGCUGCAAAACGUGCAUCGUGGAAAUUGGCAUUUACCUGACUGUCCCUGCUCUGUCCCCGGCAGGCAGCCAACAACUGACAUGUUACCUGGAUCUCAAAAAGAACACAGCACAAGGAAUGCCGGAGGGGACAUCAGGGGUGUCAGAGUGGAAGAACACUGGGGAAGCCUGGCUAUUCGCUGUCUCCCUUCUCAAGGAGUAUGGACAGAAGCAUAAAGGGACCUGGUUGUUUUUUGUUUCAAGCGUGUCCUUUAGCUAUCACGUGGAAGGCAUAAAGGGGCUCUAAAUGACAGAAGAUUUGGUCCCAUAUGUGUGUCCUAGAUUAAAAAAAAACAACAAAAAAACAAACCUCAAAUUAUCUGGAGAAGGACAUUAACUUUAUCAGCCUUGGAGAAUGAAAGGACUCAUUGGGUUGCUAUGUGUGCAUUUAUAUUUUUUACUUUUGAUAAUUUAACAUGCUUACCUUUUUAGUUCCAUUCCUACACUAGUGGAAAUGUAGCAGAAGCAUUUUAACCCUGGCGCACCAUUGACUGGGUUCUAAGAGAAGCCUAUUAGCACUAGAGUUUUAUAACCAAAGCUUUAUCAUGACAUAUUCACAAAGGAACAUAAACUUGCUGGGAUUUUUGUGGCUUGGAGGUAAUCGGAUAGGAAAACCAUUUAAAAUAUAGGACAGUCUCUGUUUAGAGUAAGAGUGAUUUCUUAAAUCCACUUUAUGCCAAUUCCAUGGAAAUAUUUUUGUUAUUUCCUAGAAAGAGUCUUUAAAUCCUCAAAAUUUACAUUACAGUUGAUGCUAGCCUAACAUAGCUCUCUCUGUACCCAUUUGUUAGCCUUCUUCUUUAAAUGUUAAGUAAAAUCUUGGUCAUCUUUCCUUGUGUUUCAAUGAUUUUGUAGAUGCUGUCAUGCAGAAACAUAAGAAACAAAGAGAAACUGGCACAGGUUUGAAAUGUGAUGUUAUUCAUGUGCCUGCAUCUGUACAAGGUGGGAUUGAUUGUAUAUAUUAAGAAAUGUCAAAAAUAUACUUGCUGCCACUGUCCCUGCCCUUUCACAGUUACAAGGAGAAACCAAUCCCAUUAUAUUGUCUAUAGUGGUGUCAAUUAUUUGAUUUUUUUUUCCUUGCAGAAGAAAUGGAAGAAAUGGGUGCUAACUAUUUAUUGGUUAAACCUCGGUUUGAAUUUGACUGACUGGGUACCAAGCAGAAUGGUUAUUCUCGUAUGAAUAAGUAAAAUAUCACCCUGUUG